AUGGUGGUUGCUUGUUUAGUGAAAUCACGUCAUUAUCUGGCACAAUAUUUGAAAUUUGAACAGGUAUGUUUAUUUAUGUAAUAUACUGUUUCAUAAACGAACUAGGGGGAUUUGUAUAACUCACGGGCGUUCGUUGCGGGUCAGGGUUAAUGUUAGAGUGUUAUUAAGAGAUUACGAAAUAUUCUUGACAUCACCCACAACGAACGCUUCUGUGGUAGUCAAACCCAAACUAUAGAGUCUACUGUGUACUUUAAAGAGAAGAUUUUAGAUCAGAUUUGUUUCUAAUGUUGAUUACUGUGCAUAUUAUAGUAUCAUGAAGAUUUUGAAUUUAAAAAACUGUUAAUCAGUGCCAUGGUGGCCAUGUCGAAAGAUCCCACCGCAAUUCAGGUGAAGGUUUAAUAAUAUGAAUAAUAGAUGUGCACGGUAUAGUUGGCAUAAUAAAGUUUUAUAACUUUACAGAUCAUGGGUGGAUUUACAGGGGGGGGGGGGUUAAAACCCCUCCUAGAAUCUCUCUAACCCCUCUAAUAAAGCGUUCAACCCCACCAAAAUUUCGCUUCACCCCUCGUAUUUUGUGUGAAAAGCUUUAACCCAAACGCCUAACCCCUGCCAAAACUCACUGAGUGGUGCCGCUUCCACUGACACCACCAGAAAUUUUUCUUCCCCCCUUUUUAAAUAAAUGAAAAUCCGCUCUUGUUACAGAUAGGGCCUUUGAGAAAAGACUAGAUAUGGUGAAAACUAAGCUUUUUUUCUUUUUCUAUUCUUCCUGGCAUUUCUUUCCCCAAACCCCUGCCAUUCCCCAAGGCAAACGAUAAUUAUAUACACACCUGGGUCAAUCCUAUAACAUCGCUCUUACUAUUGCUUUUAUUUUGCUAUCUAGAUCAUGUCAUCUGCUCGUCUGCUGUUAUCCUUGUUCUCUUACGUGAAAGCAAAUGAUACACUCUUACCAGAUCUAUGGACUCCAUCCCAGUUUGAAGAACUUCAGUUACAGUGUUUAUCAGCACUGUGUACCAUUGCUCCUCUGUGUAUUAAUGAUUAUAUGACAUGUCAAGGAAACAAUAGGUUGUUGUUAUUACUGGACUGGUGCAUUGGUCAAGGUCAGUUAAAGUAUAGCUUAUCUCUUCUCGUCUAUAUGCACAGACAGUAGAGUUUUCCAAGGUAUAAGUGACCCAUCCUUAGGGAUUUCGUUCAUUUUAACUGUAUCAUCCGCUAAGCACUAUAGCCACCAGAAAUGGACACCAGACCGGCUUGAUCGAGUGAUCUGGUUAUAGACUAUAAGAGCUAUAUAUUUCUGAUGAAAAGAUUCCACUUCAUGACUCGAAAUUAUGAAGGCUGAGCUUUCUCACUCGUGUGCUGAUUUGCUUGUCUUCCAUGAGAGAAUCUAGGUUUGGCGACACCUCAAUCUGUUAAGUACAAUUCAAUAGAAACUCAAUUUCUAAAUCGAAAUAAUUUUAAAUUGUAUUCCCUAUACGUUUCAAGUUCAUUUCAGAGCAUUCCAGAUGAUGACUAUAAGAUAUGUAAAGAAUUAAAUUAUUUCUAUUUACGGAGUUUCCAUUGUAUUGUACCAAAGCUGUUCACUAACAAGUUACGUUGUCUGACAGUCGGCAGAGUAUCAGUUGCAAUCAGGUUAUGAUGUCUGUUACGGGGGGGGGGGAUUGGUUUCCAGACCACGGUCUUCGCUAACAACAUAAACUGAGAUAAGUACGGUAUGUACAAACUUUCCACUAUUAACCAUUGUAUUUGUUUAGGUGAUUAUGGUGGUCAUGGCAACAGUUAUCACGCAGAUGGUGGGCGUGGAAACAAGAGAGCUCAAAUGAGACAUUGUUUACGUUUAUUACGAAGUAUGUGUUCAACUGAAGAUGAAGCAGUACUUCAGGAUUUAUGUGAUCAAGGAGCCAUCAGUCAAAUCACUGGUACGUGGCUAGGAGGUGUUGGUG